AUGGCCUUAAAGCGAUUACAAAGUCUCGAACGGAAAUUAGAUAAAAACCUGAAAUUCGCGUCACUGUAUUAUCAGGAAAUGGAUAGAUUUAUAAAAUGCGGAUAUGCAGAGAAAUUAGAUGAUGUGCCUAAAAACAACGUCUCCUGGUAUAUACCUCAUUUUGGGGUUCCAAAUAAGACCGAAACGAAGGUAAGAAUAAUUUUUGACGCGGCGGCAAGGUAUGAAGGGUAUUCAUUAAACGACUUCUUGAUGGCCGGUCCGACCUUGCUAAAAAAUCUUAUUGGGGUACUCAUGAGGUUCCGACAACAUCCUGUGGCGGUAAAAGGGGAUAUACGAGACAUGUUUCUGCGCGUUAAAUUACGUUUAGAGGACCGUGACGCACAAAGAUUCUUGUGGAGAAAAAAUGAUAGAUCAAGAGAACCCGACGAAUAUGUUAUGAGCUCCUUGAUAUUCGGAUCUAAAGCAUCCCCGACCAGUGCCCUAUAUGUAAAAAAUAAAAACGCGGAAGAAUUCAAAUCAAGUAUGCCGGAAGCUGUUUGGGCUAUACUAAACAGUAGUUAUGUCGAUGACUUCUUAGAUAGUUAUGAGACUCCAGAUGCAGCAAUCACCACGGUAAAGGACAUAGAGGAUAUAAAUUCCAAAGGGGGGUUUGAGAUGCACACAUGGAUUAGUAAUAACAAACAAGUAGCUAUCGAGGUAAAUAAAGCAGAUAAACAUUUCGGGGUUGAAGUUAAUUUGGGACAAAACGCGCUAUUAGAUAAAAAUCUCGAGAAAGUUUUGGGUUUAAGAUGGGAUACAGAGAAGGAUGUUUUUCGAUUUAACGUAAAUUUAUCGGGUAUAUCCGAGAAUAUUAAAGAUCACAACGAAAUACCGACUAAACGGAUUUUUCUAAAGAUUAUAAUGUCAAUUUACGAUCCAUUGGGGUUAAUAGCACCUCUUUUAAUUCAAUCAAAGAUAAUUAUGCAAGAUGUGUGGGCAAAUAAAAUCGAAUGGGAUGAAAAAAUAGGUCAGGCGGAAUUCGAGAAAUGGAAGAAAUGGUUUAGAGAAUUGCGUGAGGUUUCCCUUUGCGAUAUUCCAAGAUGUUACGUGUCUCAGUCCAAAAGGGAAAUAAAACGCGACCUCCACAUAUUCUGUGACGCGAGUACGAAAGCAUACGCGUGCGUAGGUUAUUGGAGAACGGAAUUCGAGGAUGGAUCGGUAGAAACCAGUAUAAUAGCGAGUAAAAGUCGAGUUGCUCCUUUAAAACCGUUAUCUAUACCCAGACUCGAAUUACAGGCUACAUUAUUAGGAACCCGUUUAGCGAAAACUAUAAGCGAUGAACACACGGUACCAAUCUACCAACGCGUAUUUUGGAGUGACUCGCAGACAGUUUUAGCAUGGAUAAAAUCCUCUCCGCGCGAUUUUCACACGUUUGUAGCACAUAGAUUAGGGGAAAUUGCAGAGUCGACAAAUCCUUUAGAGUGGAAAUGGGUACCAACCGAUAUGAACCCAGCAGAUUAUGCAACCCGAUUUACUGGAAUACCCAUCCACACAAAUAAGGCAUGGUUUAAUGGACCUUCCUUUUUAACUCUCAAUGAGGAUGCAUGGCCAAUACAGAAAAGCUUAAAAUUGUCACAAGCACCGGAGGUUGAAUCAGAAAAAAGAAAGAUUGUAUCAGUCCUAAAGGUCAGUGAGAAAGCGUGUCUUCCAGAUUACAACAAAUUUUGUAGUUGGAAAAGAUUGCUUGGAAGUACGGCUCGCUUAAUAACAGGAAUACAGAUAUGGACUAAGAAGUACAAAUCUGAGGAAACUGCAGAAUAUUACAUCAGGGCGGAAAAUUUACUUUUGAAACAAGCUCAAAAGGAGAGUUUCUCUGAGGAAAUUGUGACGUUACAAAGAAAAGGCACUAUUAAAGUGACUAGCAAAAUAAGUGCUCUUACCCCCGAGUUGGAUGACAAUGGGUUAAUGAUAGUAAAUGGACGGAUUGACAGUAUAGUGGGCACAAAUGUGAAUUGUCAUCCUAUAAUUUUAGACGGAAAACAUCCUAUCACUCGUUUGUUAUUAGAAUAUUACCAUAUAGAAAUGAAACACGGAAAUAUUCAGACCGUAAUAAACGAAAUUAGGCAGAAAUUUUGGGUAACAGGACUUCGAAACGUGUUGAAAAGCAUCCGUACAAAAUGCAAAUUGUGCAAACUAAGGCGUGAAAAACCCAAAACACCUCGAAUGGGAAUGUUACCGGAGGUUAGGACAGCAUAUCAUGAGCGACCUUUCACAAAUUGUGGAUUAGACUAUUUUGGACCUCUAUAUGUCACUGUAGGUAGGAGGAGGGAAAAGAGGUGGGGAGCCUUGUUCACUUGCCUUUCAACAAGAGGGAUCCAUUUAGAAAUAGUUCACUCGUUAAGUGCAGAUUCGGCUAUAAUGGCCUUACGUAGGAUGAUGUCGCGAAGGGGACAGCCAAGCGUUAUCUUUACAGAUAAUGGAACGAACUUCGUUGGGGCAUCUCGGGAAAUAAAAACUGCGUUUACGGAAAUGGAGAAGAACCAACAGUUACAAUUCGCGGCUGAAAACAAAAUCAAAUGGGUCUUUACACCUCCCAUAGCUCCACACAUGGGAGGGGCAUGGGAACGACUAGUCAGAUCAGUAAAAGUGUCGUUACGAGCGAUUUUGACAGAACAAGCUCCGAAGGAGGAAUUGUUAAGCACCUUAUUUGCUGAAGUUGAACACUGCAUCAAUUCGCGACCCCUGACACAUGUGUCCUUAGACCCACAAGAAAAGGAAGCGCUAACUCCGAACCAUUUCCUUAUUGGUUCAUCUUCAGGGAAGGCAAUCUGUGCGAGAUUUAGGGGAGUCACUGAAUGCACAAAAUCGCAAUGGUUAAAGGCACAGAGACUUGCAGACCAAUUUUGGGAAAGAUGGCUAAAGGAAUAUGUUCCAACAAUGAUCGCUCGUCAAAAAUGGACCGAAGAAACUGACCCGCUAGAAGUAGGGGACGUGGUGCUUGUUGCACAUCCGCAAGAAACGAGAAGUUCGUGGCCCAGGGGAAUAAUUGAAGCCGUAUACCCGGGUCCCGAUGGACGAAUACGCGUGGUCAUGGUAAAAACCGCAAGGGGGAAAUUCCGACGACCUACGACUGGAUUGAUUAGAAUAAGUAAAAAAGACGAGGUACAAGGAUCUUAA